AUGAAGAAGGUUCUCGGCCCGACCGGCGUGUGCGCGGUGUUGGCGGACCGCCGAAAUGAGAUGCCGCCUAAGGCUCCUCCACCGGAGAGGGCCGUGACGGCGGCGAACAUAGCUCCGGGGCCUGCUGGUGCUGCUCCAGCGCAGGCAACGGGAUCGGCCGCACCGGCGCGCACGUGGGACAUGAUGCCUCCUGCCAGGGCCGCGCCACUGCCGCCCAGGGCUGUGCCGCAACGCCCGUGGCCGAGGCAGAUGGCUGACGGCCGUGGUGGUUCUGCCCAUGGCGCGAAUGGCCGUGGAACGGGUGCUUUCGUGGGAGAUAGCCGCAAUCCUCCGCAUGGUGUGGUGAAGGUGGUCCAUGGACCUCCAACUGAAGCUCAAAUUAUCCAGCAGCUACGGGAGCUAGCACCGGGUAAUUUUCAGUGGUCAUUGCUGAAGUUAGUAGAUCAGACCUACAAAGUGGAGUUUCCUUCUAAAGAGGAUCAGCUGAGAAUCCUCAAAUUUGGUAUGAGCAGGGUCACUGGAACAAGUUUUGUGCUGCAGUUUGAUGUGUGGAAAAACAAGGAGCCUCGGGGUUAUCUUCAGGGCCACUGUGUUGAUUCUGGCCGAUGCUUCAAUUCACUUCAUAUAGACAUACCGCCUCAGCUCAGUCCUCACUGGAGAAACACCACACGAUCUGAAAAAAUCGACAAAACAUGUCGUCGGAGAGACGCGUCGGUGCGCGUGCUGGGCAGGUGGCCGAGCCCGUUCGUGAUCCGGGUGCUGAUAGCUCUUGGGCUCAAGGGCGUGGACCACGAGCUCGUGGAGGAGGCCGUGGGCAACAAGAGCGAGCUGCUGCUCGCCUCCAACCCCGUGCACAAGAAGAUCCCCGUGCUCCUGCACCACGGCAGGCCCGUCUCCGAGUCCCUCAUCAUCGUCCAGUAUGUCGACGAGGCCUGGGCCUCCCAAGCCCCGGCGCUCCUCCCGUCCGAUCCCUACGCCCGGGCGGCCGAGCGGUUCUGGGCCCAGUACGUCGACGACAAGUUCCCUACGGCGAUCCGCGUCCUGAGGGGAAGGCUGGACGGAGACAAGGACGAAGCGGCGGCUCAGGUGUGCGCCGCUCUGCAGCACCUGGAGGUGGCCUUCGCCGACUGCAGCCAAGGGAAGGAUUACUUCGGCGGCGACGGCGUGGGUUACCUGGACAUUGCUCUGGGGUCGCACCUCGGAUGGAUCAGGGCGGUAGAGAGGAUCGCUGAAAUCAGGCUGCUCGACGCGGCCAAGGUUCCUAAGCUGGCCGCCUGGGCGGAUCGGUUCUGCGCCCACCCGGCGGUGGCGGACGCCAUGCCUGAGGUGGACAGGUUCGUGGAGUUCAGCGUCAAGAAUGACGGCGCUGUGAAGGCGGCUAGUGCUAAUUACAAGUGAACGAACUGUGGUGGACACUAGACAGUGCUCGAUGGCAUAGCAAGAAUAAGUAACCUGCUGGCUAAGUAACCUGCUGGCUGUCGGUGUAAACCCUCCUUUUUACACGAAAAUGAUAAAUCCCGAACGUUCGGAUUUAAGCAUGGCAAUCUAAAUGUUUUUAUGACAACAUUAAUUCACGCGAGGUUGACAAACAUAUUUUAACAACUAAAGUUGUCACCUCGCAUCAACUAAACUUGUCAUGAAAAAACAUUCGGAAUUACAUGUUUAAAAUCCGAAAAUCGGGAUUUAUUGGGGUCUUUUUUAUAAUGAAGAAAAGAGCUCUUGGUGAAAUGCGGCUCAAUACUGUUUAGAAAUUCUAAAUGUUUUUAUGGCAACAUUA